CAGGGUGUGGCUGCAGGAGGGAGUAACAAGCACCAUCCAUGCUCAUGAGGGAUUUUGAGAUCCCAGAGAUGGGGGAGCUGGUGCUGCUGAGAAGAUGUAUAGGCCUCUGAACUCAGACAGGUUUAUUUAAGUCAUGCAACACCACCAAAUGAGAAAUUUAACCCAAAGCACUGUGACCUGCCUACCCUUUGCUCAUCACUGCUGAAAACUGGUAUGUUGCAGAACUGGACUUCAGGUUUCUGUGAGACUUUUCUUCAGGAGAGAAGAUAUGGCCCAUGCUCUAUGAAAGUGAGAGGAGAAAGAAGAAGAAACAAAAACAAACACACUGCAAGUUCAGCAAAGGAAAAUGGAGCACAGCAGCAAAAGAAGCUGGCUUGUGGUGCUGGAUCUGCCUCCCCACUGCACUGUCCUCUAAAGGUCACCUGGCUGGGGAAAGGCACUCCAUUUCAAGUGAUGACCUGAAGACUUCCUAGCCGGCAGAUCUGCUCAUGAGUAAGCAUGACAGGAAGCUCUCUGCAGCAGGCUGAGGCACUCGGUGAUGAAUAAUACUUCUGCUAUUCUUUGUGGAUGUGAGCUGCACACCUGCAAAAAACGUGUCCUUCCUCCUUCUGCAGAAUCCAAUGAGAUGGAUCUCCCUUACUGAGGAUAGUUCUAGGACACAGACACACCAGCUCAAGACCACGACUAGACACUAAUGCUUCACUUGCAAAGCUGGGAAUAGAGCCUGGAAUAAAGGUGCCAACGCUGACAGAUCCUGGAGAUUCCCCUCCCUCCGUUUCCUUCAUGUUAUCAAGCUGUUCAGAUCACCAGGAUUGCUUCGAUAUUCUCUUGAAGACUGAUGCUGAUUCCUGGAGCUUUCCCAAACAGCAGACUUUACAGCAGGCUUUCUGCAAGGCUUUAUUGUAAUGGAGCAGCAGAAGGCAUUCCCAGAUGACCCUGUGUUCCUGGACAACCAUACCCAGCCAGUCUUUGACCUUGGACUGUGCAACAGAGAGGGAAAGGUGAGGGAACAUACCUUUCCUCCGAGGCUGCAAAUCUGUAUGGACCACAGCCAUGGAACCAUCUCUUUGGAGCAGUGACAGCACAACCCAGAUCUGCUAAGGGGAACCCUGACUCUCUGAAGCCAGUUUCCCGGUGCCCCCAGCCAUGGCAGGAAACAAGGAGAGAGGCUGCACUGGCGGAACCCCCUUGGCUCAUGUGAAUGGCUUCCCACCUGCUGUAUACCCCUUCCCUUUCCCCAAUCCCCACUUCGAGGUGCUCACCAAUGGAGGCUACUUCCGAAGCUACCCUACUGACCUGCCAAAGGAAAUGGCAUCACUGUCAGUGGAAACCCAGAGCACAAGCUCAGAAGAGAUGGUGCCCAGCUCUCCUUCACCACCCCCACCUCCACGUGUCUACAAACCUUGUUUCGUCUGCAACGACAAAUCAUCCGGCUACCAUUAUGGGGUCAGCUCCUGUGAGGGCUGCAAGGGCUUCUUCCGCCGAAGCAUCCAGAAAAACAUGGUCUACACCUGCCACCGGGACAAGAACUGCCAGAUCAAUAAAGUCACCCGCAACCGCUGCCAGUAUUGCCGUCUGCAGAAGUGCUUUGAGGUUGGCAUGUCCAAAGAAGCCGUGAGGAACGACCGCAACAAAAAGAAGAAGGACGUGAAAGAGGAGGUGGUGGUGGAUAGCUAUGAAAUGACGCCUGAGCUGGAAGAGCUCAUCCAGAAGGUCAGCAAGGCUCAUCAGGAAACCUUCCCUUCCCUCUGCCAGCUGGGCAAAUACACCACGAACUCCAGUGCAGAUCACAGGGUACAGCUGGAUCUUGGGCUGUGGGACAAGUUCAGUGAACUGGCCACCAAGUGCAUCAUCAAGAUUGUGGAGUUUGCCAAACGCUUGCCGGGCUUCACCACCCUCAGCAUCGCCGACCAGAUCACCCUGCUCAAGGCGGCCUGUCUAGACAUCCUGAUGCUUCGUAUUUGCACCCGCUACACCCCGGAACAGGACACCAUGACCUUCUCAGAUGGGCUGACCCUGAACCGCACCCAGAUGCACAAUGCUGGAUUUGGGCCCCUCACUGACUUGGUCUUUGCCUUUGCCGGGCAGCUGCUGCCCCUUGAGAUGGACGACACAGAGACAGGCCUCCUCAGCGCUAUCUGCCUCAUCUGUGGAGAUCGAAUGGACCUGGAGGAGCCAGAGAAAGUGGACAAGCUGCAAGAGCCGCUGCUGGAAGCGCUGAAGAUAUAUGCUCGCCGACGCCGGCCCAACAAACCUUACAUGUUCCCCCGCAUGCUGAUGAAAAUCACUGACCUGCGGGGAAUCAGCACCAAAGGGGCGGAACGAGCCAUCACCCUGAAGAUGGAGAUUCCGGGCCCCAUGCCACCUCUCAUCCGAGAAAUGCUGGAAAAUCCUGAGAUGUUUGAAGAUGAAUUGUCACAGCCCCCACCCUUGGCAGAACCGCCUAGCUCCGAGGAGAGCCCAGCUGACACCAAGAGCCAGGAGGAAGCCCCUUAGCAUCUCAAGCGAGCCAGGAUCUAGGCUAGGAAAGGCCAGGAGAAAACCCUUUUCCAUGGAUCUCCUCCGUCCUUCCCACUGCCCAUUUCCUCCAGGACUCUUCGUUUGCCUUUCCUGCUCUUGGCCAUACGCUGGAGUCGGGUGUGAUGGCAAUGCUCAAGACCAACUCAGAGGCACCCAUGCCCCACUCGCGCUCUAUCUUUGGUGACUUGGGGAGGAUGAUGUCUCUUGCCUUAACCUUUUCCUAAGGGGCCUUGGAUGCCUACUCUGAAGCCUUUACCAUACCCCAACCCCAAAGCUUUGCCAAAGUCCCAGGCUGCUCGUCCAGCCAGCUGUGUUGGGCAUUCUCAAGCCAAAUAUUCAGGACCUGGGAAAGCCCCCAAGGGGCUUCGACUUGGAGGCCCUCCCUUUUUAAAUGGGAGGAGCUCCAAAUGUGCAAUUCCCCCGCCUGUGGGAAAAGGGGCACCUCAAGAGCCCAUAGAGAGACUCUGCAGCACAUGGGCCUAAUGCAAUGGACGUGGCCUCCUCCCUCCAACCCAGUCCACACUCCUGGCUGGGGAUCAGCUAAUGCCCUUCAGCCUCCCAGGCGUGAACCCAGGCAUCCGAGGCACUAUUUAUUUGAGUCUCUGAAGACAGAGGGAUGGCGUGUCCCCACAAUGCCCCCCCCCGCCCCGAGAGAACUUGGACCAUUCCUUAUGGGGUAUGGGGAGAGUGAAGCCAGGACUUCAACACAACAUCCCCGUGGCCUGUCAGAAGUUUUUGUUUGGGGGUGGGAGGGGUAUUCAUAUCCGUCUCUCAUGGGUUCCAGUGGGGUAAGGAUUUUUUGAGGGAGGUGUUGGGGGGUGAGGAAAGGGGCUUCUUUUUUGUUCGCUGUAUAAAGU